AUGCCUUUUCAAAAAGUACCUAUAUUAGCCUCGUUGGGUAGUUUCAUCAUAGAUGAUAUUGUUUUCAAAGAUAACAGUAAAGUAAAUGAUAUCCCUGGUGGUGCAGGUUUAUUUGCUAUAUACGGAAUGCGAAUAUGGCAGCCGUACGAAAAUUCAAAAAGGAUAGGCUAUAUCCUACACAAAGGCUUUGACCAUCCAAAAGAUAUUGACGACGUAAUUGAUCGGUUAAACAUUUCGCUCAUCUCAAAGGUGCAUCCGAACAAGUAUACACCUCGAGGUUUAAACACGUUUGGUCAAAACGACCACCGCGAUUUUGAAUAUAUUCAUCCUAUUAUACGUGUGACAACUAGCGAUUUCCCAGACGAAUGGAUCGACUCUAUAGAGAUACUGCACAUCAUUUCUGCUCCAACGAGAGCAGCCGAAACCAUAAUUGAAUGGAGGGAUAGAGAAAAAAACUUGGAAGCCAAAACUGCUACACAAUUUCUAUGGGAGCCUCUGCCUUGGGCUUGUUUACCGGAAAACGAAGACAUAAUAUACGAAGCAGCCAAGCUUGUAAAGAUUCUGUCCCCCAAUCACGAAGAGCUGGCUGCUAUAUUUGGCUAUUCAUUCCCUGAAUUGCUUUUAUCCCAUAACAAUGAUUUCAAGGCUACAGUUGAAUAUUGUGGCAAGCGAUUUAUGAAGAGAAUGAGGGGAAAUGACCAAUUGGUACUCUUGGUAAGAUGUAGUAAAUACGGGGCUAUGAUUAUGCAGCAAGCGCAACACGAAGCGAGUACAGAGCAAAAGGUUCAGUGGGUUUCAGCUUACUAUACAAAUGAUCAAAGUAAAGUCACUGAUGUCACAGGAGCCGGUAAUUCAUUCUGUGGGGGGUAUUGUUAUGGCUGGAUUGCAACAAAAGGGGACCCCGUGGAGUCUACUUUUUAUGGUGCCGUUUCGGCAAGCUAUACAGUUGAGCAGAUAGGCUUACCAAAGUUAAGCAACGUAGCAAGCGAAGAAACCUGGAACGACGGUCCGCGUCCCAGUGAAAGGCUUACAAUUUUAAAACAAAAACAUAUUUAG